AUGAAAGUAACAUUUUUACAUCCGGAUUUUGGUGUGGGGGGAGCUGAACGUCUAGUGCUGGAUGCGGCAAUUGCUUUUGAUCAGAAUGGGCAUCAGAUCGAGAUCGUAACGAACCAGUUUAGCGAAACGCAUUGUUUCUCGGAUGCUCUCAAGUUUAAAGACAGUAUGUUGAGUUUGUAUUGAUAAUUGCUAUUUUAGGUAUCAUUGUUACUGCUCAAUGGGUACCCAGGACCCUGUUCAACAAGUUUUAUGCUUUAUUUGCAUAUCUACGCCUGUGUAUUGCCGCUCUUUAUGUAAUUUUUGAUGCCACGGCCGAUGUCGUAUUUAUAGAUCAGGUAAGAGCUUAUAUGUUAGAUUAAAAUUUUACUUGUUAUUUUAAGCACAUAAACUUAAAUUAAGGUUUUUUGUUUAUUAAGUGUUUAUUUAGAUAUCGCUUCCGUUGUUUCUGUUCAAACUAGCCGGGUUCUUUUAUCGUCCAAAACUGGUAUUCUACUGUCACUUUCCUGAUCAAAAACUGACAAAAAGAGAAGGUUCACUAAAGAAAGCAUAUCGAUACUUUAUUGAUGGAUUAGAAAACAAAACUUUAGCAUUGGCUGACAAAAUAUACGUUAAUUCGUUGUUUACUAAGAAUGUUUGCAAAGAAACAUUUCCGUCUGUAGAUCCAUCCAGAUUUGAUGUGUUGUAUCCAAGUGUGAAUACGGACUUCUUGGAUAAGUCUACCGAUGGUCAUUUAGAUGUCGAGGAUAAAUAUGAGUUUGUGUUUGUCAGUUUGAACAGGUUUGAGGGCAAGAAGAAUCACUUAUUGGCGUUAAAUGUGUUUGGUAAGAGUUUUACAUUUUUUAAAGUUGCUGAGGUAGAUUUUUUUAUAUUACUUGAUUUCUGUUAUAGUAAAUUUACGUACAUUUCUUGUUUUAGAGAGACUGAAACAUCGAAUACCUGCUGAAAAGUUUGAUAAAUGUCUGUUAGUAUUUGCUGGAGGAUACGAUCCGUUGAAUGGUGAAAAUAAGGUAAUCUACAACGAGUUGGCGGAGAAAACAGAUAAAUUUGGAUUGAAUGACAAUGUCAAGUUCUUGAAGAGUCCAAGUAAGUAAAAUGUUGUAUCUGUCUACAAUUAAACGUUUUUGUUAUUAUAGUUUGAUGUUUAGGUGACGAUGUGAAGAUAGAGCUGCUAAAACGGGCUACUUUAUUGUUCUACACACCUGAGAACGAACACUUUGGUAUCGUACCUUUGGAAUCGAUGUGGUUGGAAACGCCAGUUUUGGCACUUCGAAGCGGAGGACCAAUUGAAACUGUUGAAGACACUAAAACAGGGAUUUUGGUGGAUCCAGAAGCUGAUGAAGACAGCUUUGCUCAUGUUUUUGUGAAGGCAGUGGAAGAUUCGAAAAGUUUUCAGCAAAUGGGUAAAGCUGGAAGGACGAGAGUUCAGGACUACUUUUCCUUUGAUGCCUUCACGAGGAAACUACUGGACACUGCUUUAUAA